GAAGACCAUCCAGAGCAAUUCGCUCACGAAGCCAUGACCUGACAUGCGGCGGCGGAAGGAAAGUCCAGAAUCACCUGGGGAUGCCGACUGCUCGGGUGUCAAGGAGGUGGCCAGCGGCUCCCUGGCGAACUUUGUGAGGAGCUUGGCGCACCCCCAGCGCUCUACAGCGCUGGUCCUGGGGCUGAGUCUGAUUGCCGUGGGAGUUCAGACCUGGGAGGAGGAGAUUGUUCUGAGCAGGGCGCUUGUCCUCAUCGGUCUGCUGAUCGCGCCGGCUGCUGUGAGGCAACUGCCUCCUCCAGCAGAAGUGCUGGAGCCCAUUCUGCCAAGCGACACGAGGGCGCUGGUUGCCGAGGCCGGCCCCACAGAAAUUGGGGUGCAGCCGUGUCAAAUAGGAGCCGACAUGUGCUCCCCUUUGGCUUCCCUCUUGCCAACCCAGGGAGGGAAGCAGAAAGAGGUUGAGCCAAAUGGGUGUGGCUCAAAAUUAAAGAGCCAGGGCAAACCGCAGGUGUGUGUUGGGUUCCAUUUACCAAGGUGCAAUUCUGGUUAACAAAAAAGAGCCACAGCUCAAUUUGGCCGGGAAGGAUUCAGG